ACAUGUACAGUGGACCUCCACCCUCAGUGACUGUGUACGACAUCUCCACAAAGUCCACCACAAGCUCUGAUUCAUUAGGGGCAGAGCUACCUUGCGUCUCAUAGGAAGGGUUGAAUUUGCCAGAUCGAUUCUUCUUGCGCAGCAUGAGACACAUGAUGAGGAGCACAACGAGGACCACCAGCAGAACCAAAGCAACCACGAUGGCGAUAACAAUGCCAGC